AUGCCUUUCAGUGUCGGUAUCGGUGAUGUCAUAGCCGUCGGCAAACUGAUCAAGGACAUCACUGACAGUCUGCGAUCUGCUGGUGGAGCAAAAUCGGAAUACCAGGAACUCACCAAGGAGCUUGAGGCGCUCAGGACUGCCCUAGAUGGUCUGGAUCAACUCGAUAGCAAUGCAGCCCCCUCAGCACUUCUUGACACAAUCAAGUUCGUCACGGCGGACUGUCGCCAACGACUUGAAGUGUUCUGGGCGAAGAUCGAGAGAUACGAGUCGUCCCUAGGCCCCGCAAGUCGAUCCAACGCUCUGAGAGGUACCAUGGAUAAGCUCGGCUGGACGUUCUGCCGGAAGAAGGAAGUUGUGCAACUCCAGAGAGAUCUCCAAUUCUAUAGCAAUGUCAUCAACAUACUCAUGACACGGCAUGUCGUGGGACAGGUGAAGGAUACAGGUGCAGUCUGUACACAAAUCGCUGAGCGCAUUCGUGACACACAAGAUACUCUCGCAGAUGUUGGCAAGGAUGUAGUAAGCCAGGGGGUUGUAGCGAGUAACACUCAGACACUGGUCACUGGCCUGCAUCAGUUCAUAUUCGGCGAGGUCAGAACAUUCCUGGCCGACUUCGGGCAGUUGGUGAACAAAGUCUUCAAAUAUACGCCGUUGUUCUCGAAAUCCGAGAUUCGGGAAGAGCAGUGA